AUGACAGUGCUGAUCAGAGACUGUAUCAGAGCCUUCUCACAGAGAGAAGACAAAGAAACUAUUGAGCUUCUCAGAGCCACUGUUUUCAGAACCAAGCUUUUCUCAGAUUCCUCUCUGAAUGAUCACAUGAGAUCAUACAUCACUGUAUUGGCUGAGAAGGGGGGCGGCAUCACAACAGUAAUGAGAGAAGCAGAGGGCAGAUCAGAUGCAGACAUAUCAGCUGGCAGAAGAAAUGAUACCUCACUGCACAGCACAGCUACUAUCACCGCAGCUGCAAGAGAUGCAGAAGAGAAAGAAGAUGUAGCAAUGAGAGCAGUGCUUCCACAGCUCAUUGACACUGCCUCUGCCUUCAACCUGGCUUUCUUUGCAGCCACAGAGGCCGCAGCCGCACCAUGA